UCCGGGCCGUCGUUGACUGUGUUGACAGCUCGCAGGAACUCCCGACCCGCUCCCGUUUUUUUUCCCUGCGAGAAAAUUGUCUUUUUUCCCCUAAUUUUUCCCACAUUGUAAACGAGGACAGUGAGCCGCUUGAAGCUUCGACACAUGACCGGCAUGGAGGAGUUUCACAACGGCAGCGAGGGCGCAUUCAACUCAGAAGAAGCUGAUAACAUUGUCAAAGAGUGUAUUGAGAGCGUCGUGGGCGGUGAUGACUACAGUCAGAGUCAGGUGAACAAAUGGACGGCCAGCAUCGUGGAGCGCUGCCUCACGCAGCUCGUCAAAAGCUGGAAACCUUAUAAGUACAUCGUGACGUGUGCUGUGAUGCAGAAAACAGGAGCCGGCCUCCACACAGCCAACUCCUGCUACUGGGACACUGCCAUGGACGGAAGCUGCACCGUGAGAUGGGAAAACCGCACCAUGAACUGUGUGGUCAGUGUGUUUGCCGUGGCCAUCGCAUAAACCCGUAAAUGGAAGACCACGCGAGGAAAGCGGUUCGCUCCGGUGGUCAGCAGGGGGCGGCCAAGGGCCACACAGUCCUCAUCCAUACAGCUGUGUUCACCUCGCAGCUCCACAAACAGCUGCACAGGCUCCAGCAGCUGCAUCGUUUCCAGCCUUCAGACGCAUGUAACAGCCUCAUGUGCAUGUAUUUAUCUUGUUGUGCCACUGCAGUGCUUUAAAAACCUCACAUUUACGCCUGACAGCAUGCCGGCAGCUGUAAACAACACAUUAUUCAGCUUCUUUAGCGUUUCAUCUGUUUGUUACUUCAAUCAUGUCUGUGAGAAGAGACUUUUGUACCCGGAGCUGCAGGAUAAUAAACAUGAAGAGAUUUAUGAACAAACU